GAAUGUUCGGUUUCAUUUACGGGCGACCACGGAUAAACGGAGCGUUGCAGUAAACACUUCGUAAGAAAAGUGAUAGUUGUGCGUUGUAUGCUGUUAGCCAACUUUUUGCAUUUGCUAGCGGGAUUAGCGUUGUUCUUUUUUACCGUUCAUUACAUUUAUUACAUCGUAACAGCACUGUAUCGGUUUUCUGCAGGUGCACAGAUGCAAUCGGAAGAUGCGAAAUACAUUAAAAAACGAUGGAAGGGUGGAACAGUCGAACCUCACCCUACCGAAAAAGCUCUUAUUGUGAAUUACAAGCUGGAAGCUGCUGUCUUCGGUGACCCUGGAGAUCCGAUGUUGGAGGACAAAAAGGAUUGUCAAAGAAUCAUACGACUAAAGUCGUUAAAUUCCAAAACCGAUCCCGCCGUACUUGCACGCGAAGUGGUAGAAAAGUGUGAUCUAAUACACAAAUCGCAACUGUGCGAUAUCGAGCAAAUUAUCUACUACUUAAAGAAUCGCAAAGUGGUGGAAACGCCGGUCGUUGGGACGGGCCACCAGCGGUCCGUGUCGCGCAUUUCCGAUAAAACAAGCUCCACAAUCGAUACGGAAAAGGCUUCCAUCCGAAAUGUGGACGAUUAUAUCGAGCUGCUUUACGAGGAUUUGGCGGAGAAAGUGAAGGGAUCGCGGCUGAUACUGCAACUAGCGCGCGAUCCGGAUAAUUUGGAGGAGCUGGAAAAGAAUGAAGCGGUACUGAGUGCGCUUUCCCGUGUGCUACGUGAAGACUGGCGCCGUUCGUUGGAUCUUUCGACCAACAUCAUUUACAUCUUCUUCUGCUUUUCCACUUACACGAACUUCCAUUCGGUCAUAGUGAACUACAAGAUCGGUUCGCUCUGCAUGGAUGUGAUCGAUUAUGAGCUGCGCCGGUACGAUCAGAUGAAGCAUGACAUUGAUGCGCGCAAAAGCAUGUCCGCUAGCUUCAGCAAUGGUAGCGUGAAGGAAAAGGAUGUUGAUACCAUCGGGGCAAAGAGCAGCAACGAGCAGCUGGACACCAUUAUCGAUCAAGAAAAGCCAAAGGAAAUGGAACCACCGAGGCGGCGCAUACCGGAGCUAAAGCAACGGCCAAAAUCGGGCAACUGGAGCAGCAAUCUAACCGGCAGCGGUAUCAUUAUGAACAGUCCGCUUACAAAAGCACACUCAAUGAACAACAGCUAUCACGAGCAGUUGACGAACGAAUCUAGUCCGACAAACCAUGGUUUCACCAGUCCAAUCACUAGCUCUAACUCGACGGAGUCGAUGAACGCUACCGGCAGUGUACCGCACACACCCGGCACAGCUGGAAUGGACACGGCCGUAUCGGAAAAGCCCGAUCCACGCAAGCUGAAGGACGAUUACGACAAAAUCAACAAACAGUUCAAACUGUUCGUCCGCAAACAGGAGCAGCUGCUGCGUGUUGCUUUCUAUCUGCUGCUGAACAUAGCGGAAAAUGUAAAGCUCGAGGAAAAGAUGCGCAAGAAAAACAUCGUGAAAAUGUUACUAACAGCACUGGAGCGACAGAACUUUGAUCUGCUCGUGCUGGUUGUAACCUUCCUCAAGAAGCUCUCCAUUGUGCUGGACAACAAGGAGGAAAUGUAUGAGCUCAAUAUCGUGGAAAAGCUGCCAAGGUUGUUACAGUCCCAGAAGGAUCUGGUGCAAAUGACACUGAAGCUGUUGUUUAAUCUAUCGUUCGAUGCACGCUUGCGGGCGAAAAUGAUACGGGUCGGACUGCUGCCGAAGCUCGUUACGUUUCUCAGCGACGAUAAGCAUCACGGUAUAGUGACGAAGAUUCUGUACCACAUGAGCCUGGACGAUAAAGUCAAGUCCAUGUUUACGUACACCGACUGCGUACCGGUGGUCGUCGAUAUGUUGCUGCUGAAUCUGAACCAAAAGUCUGACCCGGAUCUUAUUGCGCUCGGCAUCAAUCUCGCACUGAACCGGCGCAACGCAGCCAUGAUGAUCGAAAACAAUCGUCUACACAGCCUGAUGUCACGCGCUUUCAAGUGUCAGGAUACGCUAAUCAUGAAGAUGAUACGAAACAUCUCACUGCACGACACACUGCGGCCACACUUUGUGGAUUUUGUGGGUGAUCUCGCUAAAAUUUUAACCGAGUGUGAUGAAGAAGAGUUCUCCGUCGAGUGUCUUGGUAUUUUGGGCAACUUAGCGCUAUCGGAUUUAGAUUAUUCACAAAUUAUUCACAACUUUAACCUUAUACCGCUGAUUCGAAACAUGCUUGUACCAGGUAAAUACAAGGAUGAUCUGGUAUUAGAGAUGGUUGUUUUCAUCGGUACGUGCGCAUUGGAUGAAUCGUGCGCUAUGCUGUUAUGCAAAGCGGAUGUAAUUCUAUCCCUAAUCGAGCUGCUAAAGGCGAAGCAGGAAGACGACGAGAUGGUGCUGCAGAUUGUGUUCGUCUUUCAGCAAGUGUUGCGCCACGAAAGUACACGCUGCUACAUGAUCAAGGACACCGAAUCGCCGGCCUAUUUGAUCGAUCUGAUGCACGAUAAGAACGAAGAAAUACGACGUGUUUGCGAUGUGUGUCUCGACAUCAUUGCCAUCACCGACAGUGAAUGGGCAUCGAGAAUAACGCUGGAAAAGUUUCGCAAUCACAACAGCCAGUGGCUUAGUAUGGUGGACUCGCAGGAAACGGCUGACGACAUCCAAACGUACGGUCCGAUCGAGGACGAUGAGGCCGAUCUGCCCACCUACCUUACGUCCGAGUAUCUCGAUCAGCUUUAUCUGCUGGGCGGUGACGCAAACGAUGAUAACGAUUGCAACAAACAUCGCUCCGGCUCCUCAAUGUCUAAUUACAGUCGUCCUGUCAGCCGCUAUAGCCGCGAUCUAGAAGAUAUGGAAAUUAUUCAUUAAAUAUGCGUCUUUUGCCGGGUGUUAAAUGAAGCGUUGUACGUAACAACAGACAAAACAAGCAAACAAAACUCGUUCCCUCUUAGUAAACGAAAUUCAAUAGCACCCGCCUGAGCACAGUUCUUGCAUGAAAAGCUAAAUUCUGCAUUUUGAAUUUUCUGCAGGUUACUCCUACGCUGCCAGACUUUGGAAAAAAAUACGAAAAAACGUGAACACUAUCAGCAGAAUUCAUUAGUGUGUAGAUUGUUUGGGAAUGAUGCUUGGCUUGGUGUGUGUGUGUGUGUCUUAGUCAUUUACAUUAAUGUGCCUACCAGUGUAACCAGAUCCGCGAUUGCAUGACUAACGCGUAUAAGCAUAGUAAAGGAAAAUGAACGCGGCUAAAGAAGCUUAACUAAGAAUAGGUAUUUUAAUUUUUGGUUUUCCCAUUUUCGUUUUUGGUUGAUACCGCAAAAACAAAGGUGGUACCAGUUUGUUUAACAACAAGUGUAACAAAAGUAUUAUGUAUAAUUAUUUUUUUGCUUAGCGGCUAACGUGCGUGAUUUCAACUUAUAUACAUAAAAAAAUAGUUUUCAAAACGCAACAAAUAACACUAACUGUAGGAAAACGAACUCAAACAAAAAAUUCGAUUGUUUCUCGUUUUUUCCAUUAAUAAAAUGUCACUCUUUGGUGCAGCAAA